CAGACGUACAAGAUAAACGGGGAGAAGGCGGUGCAUUUGCAUCCUCGGCCGGUGCAAAAAGAUGCAAAGCCAUCAACUAAGGCCAAAUUUGGAGCAGCUUGUGUCGUUUGUCGAAGAUACCUACAGGAUUUGCCUAAUCGCUACUGCUCCAUUGCCUUUGUCAGCAGCAGGAGGAACAUCUUGUAUACUAGAAGCUAUAACGGAACCGUCGUUGUUAGAGGAAAAAAUCCCA